AUGACAACGAAUGAUCAAACGCCUCGGGGUCCAACUAUCCACGCAUUUUUGAAUAUACCUCAAAAAGACCGAGCUCAGAACAUCUCACUUUCGCAAUAUGUGCAACCCAAAAAACUCGUAAAUAUGCCCGCAAAAAUGACCAAAGGUGAUGCUUCACGUAUCCAAUCAACUCAAGCCCAAGGCGGUAAAGACAUGUCCUCUUCAGGAUUUGCCGCGCGCGCUCAAGGAUCCGGAGAUCGAAACGCAAACGCUGGUGGAGCCGCAGCAGGUCAAGGUACUGGUGGUGGAAAUGCCGGUCAAGCUGGAACAGACAAGAAGUAG